AUGGUCGUGGUCAUGGGCGGUCAGCUCUACGGCUGGAACGUCGCCUUCACAACAGGCUUUCUUCAGUUUUUCCUUUGCCAAUUCCUCACCGAUGCGGCGUACGUUGUAUGCAUGGCGUCGGCUGCUAAAGACGCGGGCAAAAUUGCCUUCUCGGGCGGCUCGUACGGCCUCGCGCGCAUUACGAUUGGGUACUACGCCGGGAGUCGGGUACUACCUCGAGCUCCUCGAGUACAUUGCAGCGUCGUCCGUCUCGGUCAGUUCUGUGGGCAUUUUUCUGGUCUACCCCGGCGGCUGUCUACGGCGCCAUCUAUGAUCGGGCUCUUUCUCCUUCCGGGACGGUCCUACUGGCGCGGUCUCGUGCUCCUCGUGCUUCGUUGCCUCUUGCUCGCGAUUCAAGGCGGCAUGGCGUCGGCGGACCUCAUUUUUACGGCGACUUUGCCACCAACCGCGUGUCCCAAUGCAACGGAAGCGGGGGCAAGGUGGUGUGGGCCAUGGGCAACCUCCACUCGGCGUACAUUGCGUGGCUGCCGCACACGACAUAGGCAUUAG